UCUUUCUUCUUGAGCUUUCAAAUUGUGGCUAAACUGAUUAUCUGGCAAAAGUAAGAUUAAGCAACAGUUUGGUUGUUCCAAAGAAGAAUCUCCUGCUCAGGGCAACAUCAAAGAAUGAAAACAUUAACUUUCAUCUUCAGCCUGUUGGCUCUUUUUGCACGUUUUGUGCACAGUGAUGGUCAAAGAGCUCCCAGGCGACUACAUCUACUCGGCCAGCUAUCCCCACGUCUUCUGCCUUAUGAACCAGGACAAGUUCUACCACGCCUUUCCCCUCCCUAUGGCCCAGGACUUAUUCCACCACCUCCUCCUUGGGGUCCACCAAGGCGCACACGACCCUCUCAUCCUCGGGGUCCACAAAGGCGCCAUCCUUCUCCUUUCCCCUUUGACCCAGUGCACCUCCCAUCCCAACACCUUCCACUGGGACCUAUUAGGAAACCUCCACCCUCUUCAGGUUACCCAAUUCUACCUUUAAAACCAAGACCUUUCCCUCCAGGGCCUAUUAUGUUGCCAAUACCCCUACUUCCCUUUAUUUCUAAAUAUCCUUUUUAUCCAUUCCUCACUAAACCUAAUCCCACAAUUAAAACAACCACCAAAGCUACAACCAAAACCACUACAGAAGCCACCACCACCAAAAGAGAAACCACCACUUCCACAAAACCCACCCCCACAACACCAACCAUUACCAUUUCCACAGAGCCUACCACCACAAUACCAACCAUCACCACUUCCACAGAGCCCACCACUUCUGAAGAACUUAUCACCAAAACACCAACCAUUACCACUUCCACAGAGCCCACCACUCCUGAAGAACCCACCACCACAACACCAACCACCACUGUUACCACAGAAUCUACCACCACACCACCAAUUAUUACCACUUCCACAGAGCCCACCACCACUUCUGAAGAACCCACCACCACAACACCAACCACCACCAUUUCCACAGCACCUACCACCAUAACACCAACCAUUACCACUUCUGAAGAACCCACCACAACACCAAUCACCACAGUUCCCACAGAACCUACCACCACAACACCAACUGUUACCACUUCCACAGAGCGCACCACCACUUCUGAAGAACCCACCACAACACCAACAACCAGCACUUCCACAAAACCCACCACAACACCAACCAUUACCAUUUCCACAGAACCCAUCACCACAACACCAACAACCACCAUUCCCACAGAACCCACCACCACCACACCAGCCAUUACCACUUCCACAGAGCCCACCACCACUUCUGAAGAACCCACCACCCCAACCACUGACACUUGCACUGAACUCACAACCACCACAACAACUAUCACUUCCACAGAGCCCACCAUCACUAUGACAGGAGCUACUGCCUCAACAGCACCGACCUCUUCAGCCACAGAGCCCACAUCCACAACAUCAGCAGAAACCACCACCACAGCACCUACCACAGGUGCUACUCAAAUUAUAACCAACCCUCCCUUCACCGUAUUGCCCAGUACCACUAUCCAAGUUACAACUUUCAAUCCAACUAUGUUGAGCAGUGCAGUUUUGAAGAGUCUUUGGGAGAAAUUCCUUUCUAUUUUUGGUUGAAGAUGUGAGAAAUUAUAUCCAAACUUCUCUGACCUCUUAGAAAUGAAUUUCAAUUAUUCCAGUGGAACCAAUCUUGAUCUAACAAUCACACAAAACAAAUAAAAUAAAGCAUUUGAGCAAUAA